CUAAUCAUGAUGAUAGUAUGCUCGGUGUUCGCGGAGGGCGCGCGCGGCUACGCCGGCACGGUGGAGGACGGCGAGGACCACCUGUACAGCACGUGGUACACCAUCACCGUGGUGGUGGCCAUCAUCUCCGUGGUGCAUGUGCUGCUGGCCGCCACGCUGCUCUUCGCUACCUACAAGGUGAGUUAGUGUCUCUAAUCAUGAUGAUAGUAUGCUCGGUGUUCGCGGAGGGCGCGCGCGGCUACGCCGGCACGGUGGAGGACGGCGAGGACCACCUGUACAGCACGUGGUACACCAUCACCGUGGUGGUGGCCAUCAUCUCCGUGGUGCAUGUGCUGCUGGCCGCCACGCUGCUCUUCGCUACCUACAAGGUGAGUUAGUGUCUCUAAUCAUGAUGAUAGUAUGCUCGGUGUUCGCGGAGGGCGCGCGCGGCUACGCCGGCACGGUGGAGGACGGCGAGGACCACCUGUACAGCACGUGGUACACCAUCACCGUGGUGGUGGCCAUCAUCUCCGUGGUGCAUGUGCUGCUGGCCGCCACGCUGCUCUUCGCUACCUACAAGAGGAGCGCGGCCGGGCUGCGCACGUGGGUGUGGGUGAUGAUCGUGCUGUACGCGGCCUCGCUGCUGUACGUGCUCGUCUCCAUGACCUUCGGCUUCACGGCCACCGGCUCCGACAUAUUCCUGGCCUUCCUGCAGGGGAUCGUGUUCUUCGGUAUCCUCGCGUACUGCAUCCUUUGCGUGAACAGCUACUACAUGCUGCUGAAGAGCUCCGAGGACAUGGAAGCAGCCAACAAGACCGACUACUAAUUUGAAGGCACUACGAUAUAGCGACGGGCGAUUCAUUCGAAUAACAAUCGAACUAUUCGAUUGUUGUUAAUGAAUGAAUAUACUUUUAUUGUACACCACAAUAACAAUCAAUUCAAUUGUAAUUCAAUAACAAUCGAAAAACAAUUGACUGUUUUCAUAUUCGAUUGUUAUAUAGCAAGCGAGUUUGGGACGAAUGAAUAGAAAAUCGAAUAAAAUUGCGCAAUUGAUUAAGAUUUUUGAUUUAUUCGUACCACACCGUGCGCUUCGCAUUCUAGACUUAACAAUCGUGUUUUGUGAAGACGAACAAAUCUGCAAUCGAUUGUUUAAUUGUUCGAUUGUUUCAUUUAUUCGAUUGUUUCUUUGUUCCAACAAUCGCCCAUCGCUACAGUACAAAAGGGAGUAGGGAGUCUUUGAUAAAUAAAAUCAGCUUUAUGUCCUUUGACAUAACGUUGAAAUCUGUAUACUGAAAACCACAAGGCGCAUGCGCAAAAGAGGAAAUUAUUUUAAAAGACAGGAUUUAUCUUUUCUCUGACUGGUUAGUUAAGGAACUCAUUUAUUUCCCAAGAACAAUCUUAAGCUGGAGAUUGACUUGUAUAGUGUGUUUGUAAUGUAUCAUCAUAGCAUAUUGCAUGCUAAUAGGCAGAAUUUGGCUUUAUCCUUUUUGUUUUGGUAAUAUCUCUACUGUUUACCCAUAUUCGCAAUAUAGAAAUUAUAAAAACUCGAUACAUUACACCAAAAUGUUACAAGUCAAUCUCAAGUUUUAUAAGAAAUCUAGUGAUACAUGUAUAAGUUAAAUCGGUCAAGUGCGAGUCGGACUCGCACACAAAUGGUUCCGUGCCAUCGUACAAGAAAUAACAUUACAAUAAUUUGAAAUGCGGCUAUUUUGAAAUGUCUAUUACAACACAAUAUUAUGUUGUUAUAGCGGCAAUAGAAAUCCGUUUUACAAAUGGUAAAACAGAUUGAGUUUUACUUAAUUUUUUGAUUUCUUUUUGAUAAUAUUGUGUAUUAGGUUGGAUAUUUUAUACGAAUAUUUAAUUAAGUUAUAGUCAUAAAACAUCUCUCAAUACUAAAGAGCUUAAAUAAUAAGUGGUUGCUUUUGACAAUUUGCUGUAAAUGGCAAAGGGGCAAAAUCAUAAGAUGUUAUUCAGUAGGUACAUACUUUAAUCUGUUUUAAAUUCAUCUUUCUAUUCAGAAAAGACGUUAUUCAUAAUUUGACCAUAAGUAUGUUUUUAUAUGCCAUUAAAACAACCAUAGUUUACUAUUAGAACAUAAAACAGUAUUAUCGAAAUAAUAUACAAUUAGGGCACUAUCUCACUAAGACGCCAGGAGUGGCGCAAUCAACAAAAUGUAUUAACUAUGGAGGGUACUUCACCUGGUGUCCGCUUGGUUGUGCAACCAAUUUGGUGGUGACGACCGGGGUUGGGUGGCGCAACCACUAAUAUGAAUAGAGCUAUUUGGUGUCUCAUUCACUCAACUACCUGACGCCCCUCCCGCACAUUGCUCGAGCUUGACGAUGUCAUUCAAGUGCACACUGUUGAUGUCAGGUGAUUGAUUAUUAUUAUCUUUUACUCAUUUUUGUAUUUGCACCAGUAAGUUGUACAGUAAUGAGAAAAACAAAAAAAAAAUAUUCUUAUUGAAGUAUGACUGAUUGUCUUUGGUUGGAAAGUAGGAUAACAUGUUCUUUGGUAAUGUCAUUGCCAAAUGUCCUUCGACGUCCAUUUUGAAACUGACGACCGUGGUGUCUGCUCUGGUGUUUCUAGUUUGGUAGCUCAAGACAGCCGGUGGCGCGACCAGUGGCGCCGCAAUAGUGUCGUAGUGAGAUAUUGGCCU